AUGUCUACGUUCUCUGGGAAAGCCAUUGCGAUCACAGGCGCGGCUUCCGGAAUGGGCCUGGCAACAGCACGUCUGCUCGCAUCUCAAGGGGCACACAUCUCCGUUGGAGAUAUUAACACCGACGCUGCCAGAUCAGUAACAGAGUCUCUUCCAGGCGGUCUUGAGCAGCACAUGUACACAUUUGUCGACGUACAGAGUGCCAAUUUGGUCAACACUUGGAUCGAGGCUACAGUGGAAAGAUUUGGCACAUUGAACGGGGCAGUGAACAUGGCGGGAAUCAUUGCAAAGGCCAAGCCAAUUGUGGAUGUUACGGAUGAAGAUUGGGAUCUUACAUUUGCUGUGAACACAAGGGGUGUGUUCAACUGCCUGAAAGCGCAGAUCAAAGCGAUGAGCGGUGUUGGAGGGUAUAGUAUCGUUUCUGCAGCAAGUGUCUUUGGUCAAUUUGGUGCACCAGGAAACUCCGUGUAUUGCGCUAGAAAAGCUGCUGUCGAGGCACUUAGUAAGACUGCUGCUAAAGAAAACCCACAUAUCAGAAUCAACUGUGUGGCACCUGGCUCGGUGAAUACUCCUAUGUCGCAAGGCGAGGAUCCCGAGGAUGUGAAGAGAGGCUUACAAGUGACCAUUUUGAAGAGGAGAGCUGAGCCGGACGAAAUAGCAAACGUUAUCGCUUUCUUACUAAAUGAGAGCCUCGAUAAAAUCAAGCAUAGAGGACCAGAUGCAAAAGGACAAUGGAUUAGCAAAGGUCAACGGGUUGCUCUUGGCCACAAUCGCCUGGCAAUCGUGGAUCUAAACCCUGAAGCAGAGCAGCCAUUCCAUGAUCUAGAUGGGAAUAUACAUGCUGUUGUUAACGGCGAGCUGUAUGGCUACGAGAAAAUUAGGGAUGAAAUGAGUCUCCGGGGCUACCAGUUCCGCAGCAAAUGUGAUUCUGAGAUUGCAGUUGCGCUAUACAAAGAGUACGGACUUUCGUUUUUGUCGCAUUUGCGGGGCGAGUUUUCACUCUGUCUUUAUGACUCUCAAUCCCAAACAUUCAUUGCGGCUUGUGAUCGUUAUGCUAUCAAGCCGCUUUACUACACAACCUCAAAUGGCAUGCUACUUAUCGCGUCGGAAGCCAAAGCCUUCCUCCCGUUUGGAUGGCAACCCAACUGGGACGUGCAAAGUAUCAAAGAUGUUGGUUGGCUAUGCGAUCGACGAACUAUUUUUCAGGGUGUACAGAAGAUAUUACCAGGUUACUAUCUCACUUGCACAUCGUUCAGCACUGUUUCCCAGUACAAGUACUGGGAUCUAGACUUCAAAGACAAACGCGAAGUGGAGACGCGAACAGAAAAAGAAAUGAUUCAAGGUGUACGAGAACGUUUACUCGAGGCGGUGAGAGACCGACUCCGCGCAGAUGUACCUAUUGGUGUCUUCUUGAGCGGUGGUGUUGACUCAAGUGCUAUUGCUGGGAUGGUGAAGCAUCUCAUGGAUACAGAAGGCGCCCAGUUGGGCACAGCACCGCCGUCAGAGAGAAUCAAUUGCUUUUGCGUCAAAUUCAUGGAUGAAGAACACGAUGAAGAGCCCAUUGCACGACGCACCGCAGAGUGGUUAGGCGUCAAGAUGCACAAUGUGGAGAUGACUGAAGAAGUCUUCGCUACCAACAUCGAAAAUGCUGUCUGGCAUAAUGAGGUCGCGGUAACAGACCUCGGCACAGUCGGGAAGUUCUUACUCUCGAAACUCACAUCCGACGCGGGGAUAAAAGUCGUUCUUACUGGUGAAGGGUCGGAUGAGCACUUUGGCGGGUAUCGAGAGCUCUUGACUGACUUCGUCCGAGAGCCAGACCCAUCUUCGCCUGAUUCUGGGCUUUCGGAGGAGGAUCGUAUACGCACUCUCAAAGAUUUGGACGGGAACGACUAUUCUGGAAAUGAACCACCGACAGCUGCAACACCUCGGAAACAAAUCAACGAUACCUCAUUCGUCGGCUUCACCCAAUCUGCCUCGCUCACGGACAGCCUGUUUGCUCCGUGGAUAUUUGACGAAUUCGGCAAGAGCGACAAGCGUCUGGCAGCUGUGAACUCUCUCGAUGGCCGGACUCGUACACUUAUGGCGAACAAGUGGCACCCACUCCAUACCUCAUUAUACAUAUGGAUCAAAAGUACACUCGCGAACGGCUUACUUACAGUAUUGGGCGACCGCUGUGAGAUGGCACAUAGCUUAGAAGGACGGCAACCCUUCCUCGACCACCGCCUCACCGAGUAUGCCGUAGCCUUACCCCCAAGUGUGAAGAUACACUGGGACCCGAACUCCCGCACUUUCAGUGAGAAGUGGAUUCUAAAAGAAGCGAUGAGACCUUUCAUCACCGAUGAGCUAUAUGCGAGGAAGAAGCAUCCAUUCUCCGCACCGGUCAAGUAUAAACCGAAUGGGCCUGUGCACAAGUUUUUCGAAGGGCUGAUUACGAAAGAAAAUGUUGAGCGAUUGGGCUUUCUGGAAUGGGAGAAUUGCAAGAGUUUGGUGGAUGAUGCAAUCUUUCAUGCUGAACGACCGAAAUAUAGCCAGAUGAUACUCGUGGGUCAGUUUAUCAUCUUGCAGAAGGGAUUUGGUGUGAAGAAGGCGUCCCCUGAGCUCAUUACUAAAGAGCAGUACGAGCUUACUACCUAA